AUGCGUGGCACCAGGUGGGUAGUAGAUAACAAAUUAGACCAGCUCAAGUUUGCUAGGCAAAAGACAGCCUACUGUUACUUCUCUGUUGCCGCAACACUUUCAUCUCCUGAAUUAUCGGACGCGCGUAUUUCGUGGGCCAAAAACGACAUCCUUACUUCAGUAGUUGAUGACUUUUUUGACGUUGGUGGUUCUAUCGACGAAUUGUCCAAUCUGAUUCAAUGUGUUGAAAAGUAUAACCUUGUUCCAUAUUUACGUGAUUUUCUUAAUUAUUUUGAAUUUUUAAAGGAUUUUAUGCAAUCUGUUGGAUUGGAGACACAGCUUUCAAAUGUAUCGUUUGCAUUAGGCCCGAUUGUACUGCCCGCUAUUUACUUUGUGGGGCCCAAGUUGUCGGAGGAGAUUGUCGAAAGCUCUGAGUAUCAUUAUCUAUAUAAGCUAAUGAGCACUCUGGUUCGGCUUCUGAAUGAUAUACAUAGCUUCAAGAGAGAAUAUAAGGAAGGAAAACUAAAUGCUGUAGCGUUGCAACUGAGUAAUGAGGAAAGUGGGAAUGUGGAAGAAGAGGUGGUAAAGGAGAUGAUGACGAUGAUAAAGAACAAGAGGAGAGAGAUGAUGAAGUUAGUUACGGAAGAAAAGGGAAGCAUUGUUCCUAGAGCUUGUAAAGACGCGUUUUGGAACAUGUGUAACGUGUUGAAUCUUUUUUAUGCGAAGGAUGAUGGGUUUACUGGAGACGCGAUUCUUGGUAUUGUGAAGGACGUCAUUUACGAGCCAUUGAGUUGAUUGGAAGUGAAGAACAAAUGUAAAUCAAGUUUGAAAAUCAUGCUUUUGAUGGGGGUGCUGUACUAUUGUCGUAUGUCAUGGCAGGAGAUAAAUAAAAGCAAAGCAUGAGUAACGUUUGUGCUUUUCAUUGUCAUUUUGCUUUUCAUUGUCAGAUCGAGUGACUUAAUCAGUGAGAUUUUGAUCAGAUUUAAGUUUAUAGUAGUGCACAUUUUGAAUA